CGACGGUUUUUAGUCAGUAAGAGUCUGACACUCCCUCUCCGCUGCUAACCCACAGCGGAAGGGGUCAUUUGAUGAUUUUUGACGUCGUUAAAAAAAAAAAAAAAAUACAUAAUAUGGGACGCAACUCGUAAAGACCACAAAAACAAAUAGUAGCUGAUGCACGGCGAACCAUUCAACAUAAUAUGGGAAAUAAUUUCACAAUUGAAGAUUUAAAAAAAAGCGAGAGUCACUUUAAUGAGCAUAUAUCGCCUUUACAGAAAAAAAAAAUAAGUGACUAGUCGAUCUGGAUCAUCAACAAAUGAUAUUUUUAAGCCUAAUUGGUUCGCUUAUGAGUUAAUGGAUAGCUUUCUGUCUCCGAAGUAUGAUAAAUCGGAUACAGUAACUAUUAACACAGAGGCAUCCAGUGUCAACGAGUCAGCAUUAUUAGCUAGCUACAAAGUCGCAUAUCGAGUUGCUAAAGCAGGGAAACCACACACAAUUACCGAAAAUCUUAUUUUGCCAGCAGCACUUGAUAUGGUUGACAUUACGGUCAGUAAGCAGGAAGCAAACAAAUUAAAAAACAUACCACUUUCUGACAAUACUAUUACACGAAGAAUAAACGAUAUGGCCAAGGAUAUUCAAGAACAAGUAGUUGAAAAAUUAAAGAACAGCCAACAUUUUGCUUUGCAGUUUGAUGAAUCUACAGAUGUUUCCGACUGUGCACAGUUUGUCGUAUUUGUGCGCUUUGCGGCAGAUGAUAGUAUCACGGAAGAAAUCUUAUUAUGCAAAGCACUUCCUGCCAACACUACUGGCCAGUGUUUGUACGAUAUGUUUUAGAAAGCACUGGCGACUACGAUAUUGAUUGGAAAAAAUGUAUCGCUAUUUGUAGCGAUGGCGCUAAAGCUAUGACUGGCAAAAAUAGCGCACUCAUUGCAAAAUUAAAAACGAUAAUGCCAAACAUAUCCUGGACACACUGUUUUCUUCAUCGACAGGCUCUAGCUGCUAAGGUAGUACCUUCUGAUUUAAAUGACGUGCUCAAGGAGGCUAUAAAAAUUGUGAAUUCUAUUAACGUUUCAAAAAUAGCACCACAAUUUGAUAAACUUUUGGAAAAUAAACAAGCACAUCCUUCUCACUAAAA